CCAUGGUUGGCCAUCAAAAUCACAUUUUCCUCUGCUUAGAACUGAUAGGAAUCUGAUUCAUAAAUUUUCCCCCGUUCGAACCCCUUAAAAAAUCCCAAAAGUCCAAUUCCACAAACCCAAAUUAUCAUCACACAAUCCCUUAUUCAAUCAAAUCCUAAUUUGGGUCAAAGCAAACAUGGCAAAAUUCUGAUCAGGUAUGAUAAAAAUCUGAUCUUUUUGAUUUUUUUUUUUUCAUUUUACAAUGAAUUCAUCAGAUUCAGAAAAAGGGUUUUUCCCAGAAGAAGUAAUACUUCAAAUCCUUGCAAGAUUACCAAUCAAAUCACUAUACAAAUGUAAAUCAGUUUGUAAAAAUUGGUACAGGAUACCUUCACAGAAUUACUUUAUUACCCUUUACAAUGAUAUCUCAUCGAAGAAUCCAAUGAUACUAGUUGAAGUCAUCAAAUCAUUUUAUGUCAAAUCUAGUUAUAUAUGUGUUGAUAGAUUUAAAGGUGUUGGUGAAUUUUCUUUGGAUUUUAUUAAGAGUGACAGGGUUAAAGUCAGAGCAUCAUGUAAUGGGUUGUUAUGUUGUGCUAGUAUUCCUAAUAAGGGGGUUUACUAUGUUUGUAAUCCAAUGACUAAAGAAUAUAAGUUGUUGCCGAAGACUCGAGAGAGGCCUAUGACUAGGUUUCAUCCUGAUGAUGAAGCUACAUUAGUUGGUUUGGGUGUGGAUAUGGUUAAAGGGAAGUUUAAUGUUGUUUUGGCGGGGUUUUAUCGUCCGUUUGGUAGGAGACCGCUUGAUUCAUUUGUUUGCUUGGUGUAUGAUUCUGAGGUGAAUUGUUGGAAAAGAUCUGUUACCUCGUUGAAUGAGGAGUUUACACAUAUGAAUAAGAAUCAAGUUGUGUUUGUGAAUGGAUAUUUGCAUUGGUUGACAUAUAGUUGUAUGUAUGUACUUGUGUUUGAUAUUGAAAAUGAUGUUUGGAGUAAGAUUUUGUUGCCUAAAGAAGUAGUGAAUGGGUGUGGACACAGAGUUCAUUUGUUGGAGUUAGAUGGAUUUUUGUCAAUGGUUCAGAUUUCGGAUUCCUGGAUGACAAUUUGGGUGUUGAAAGAUUAUGCAGAAGAAGAAUGGUAUGAGACGGAUAAAGUGAGUCUCAGGUGUAUCAAAGGACUUGUACCGAGUGUUUUUCCAAUUAGUCAGACCAGUGAAUUUGUAUUAUUGGCAACUCAAAGACAGAUAUUGGUCUAUCAUCGAAAGAGUCGAUUCUGGAAGGAAAUGUAUUCUGCGAAGAACAGUUCGACUUAUCCAUUAUGGUUCUCGGCCCAUGCUUUCAAAAGCACUAUCUUCUCUUGUCGUGAUGGUGCUGUGGACAACUCUUCUUAAUGCAGGUUCUGAUUUUAAUGAAGUUGUUGAAGCUUUUGGGUAUGAAGAAUUUCCUUUUGUUGGUGUUGCUGCUGAUGUUGGCGGGGUUUUCACUGCAAAUGAGUCUUCUUCUCAUCUUCUGAUCAGCUUUGGAUGAGGCAGAAAGAGCUUUUUUUUCGGCAGCUUCAGCUGCAUCCAUAAAGUUGCCUGUAUUUUCAAGUGGGAAAAAACUGUCAAAAAAGGAAAAAAAAUGGGUUUAGGAAAUAUUUCUGCCUGCGAAGUUACCUUGCUAAGCCCUUACUGAGUACACACCUCUUCUUACUAUUUGUGGUUUUCUUGCUGCUCUUGUUGGUUUCAGUUUCAAGGCAUUGCUCAACCUUGAAAUCCCUUUAAUAAUCUCACCGGUUCUGCCUGGCAUUACUUGUGCCAAGAUUGCACUGUACUUUUCAAUCUUUGGUGCAAGCUCUGCCCAAUUAAGAGCCCGAGUAUUCGAAGUAGUUUCCGAAGG